AUGGCGCGAUGGCACGAUGUGUCAACUCUUUCAUGUACAGUCAUAGCCGUGCUCAGAUAUUUUGCCAUUGUUUACCCUCUUAAACCAAAAAUGGGACGAUGUACAUGUUUCGUUAUCGUAGUUUUCAUUUGGUUUUUGUCCAGCACCAUUUCAUGGCCUCUGGGAUAUUUCAGUAGAACCAAAAUUGUGAAUGAUACUGUGCUGUGUGUAGAAAAAUGGGCAUUGGACAGACGUUCAAAGUCUCAUGUUGUAAGGAAUAGCACAGUUUCUGAACGCGAACAAAGAGAAAUACGAAGGAAACGCCGGACGAACAAAAUGAUGAUUUAUGUUGUUUCGAUAUUUGUCGUCUGCUGGAUGCCAUUGAAUCUUAUGAUACAAGAAUUCCAUCAGACAUUUAAAUAUUCCCCGCACUAUAGCCUGAUUUUCUUCAUAGCCCACCUAGUGGCUAUGAGAUCUACUAUAUAUAAUCCAUUUAUAUACGCUUUGCUUUCAUGAGCGAAAAAUCAAGACUGAAUUCAAAGCUUUACUGAGUUGCUGCCUGUUUUGUAAAUAAAAAUACGUUGGAUUUAUUGAAGG